AGUUCUCCAUCAGUUACUCCCAGAAAUUCCCAUGCUACGGGGACAUAAAAUUAGUGAUAUAUUGCCGACAGUUUGAAAAAAAAAUGAUUAAUUAGGUUAAAAAAUGGAGUAAAAAUGUGAAAUUUAAUCUUAGUGAAAUAAAAAUAUAGAGUUGGAAAACACUGAUGGAUCAAAACGAGAAAUCUUUAUUCAAAACCUUUUUAUUUCCCUGACCAGGUGAUGAUGAAUUUCGACAUGGACUGUCUGGUGACUGAGAGUAUUGUAAAUUCUAUCAAACUGACCGAAGGACCGGUCACACAUAUGUCUAUGGCUGUUAAACAGACCUCCAGAACACCAUACUCAGACGCUACACAGACGAAGAAGCACUCCCCGAACCAUAUCAAGAGACCCAUGAAUGCUUUCAUGGUGUUCUCCCACAUUGAGCGGAAGAAGAUAGUUGAACUCAAUCCAGAUAUUCAUAAUGCAGAAAUAUCCAAACAGCUGGGGAAGAGAUGGAAAGCAUUAGAUGAGGAGAAAAGGAAACCCUUUGUUGAUGAAGCUGAGAGAUUGCGCCAACUACAUAUGCAGGAGUACCCAGACUAUAAAUACCGUCCUAGGAAGAAACUUAAAACCUCUCCCGGAUGUAAUCUUCCGUUGCCUAUAAAACAAUCGAAGGAUAAAGGACGGUAUGGGAGGGAUGGAUUAAUGAUUGAGAAUAAUAAUAUCAAGAACCAGUUUCUUCAUAAAACUGUAAUUACCUCUGGUGUUCAGAGCUUACCAACGGGUUAUCCUGAUGAACGAUUGAAGCUGAGGGUUACUAUAGACCAGAGAUUAGCACUCAGACCUGAUCAACACCUCACACCAAAGGUUCCAAGUUCCCCCACAUGUAGUUCUCCGGACCGUCCAGAAUCAUUUUAUGAAAACUUUUAUAAACCUCAACCCUGGUAUAGCCAACCCUCUUACUCACAGCAGGGAAACUCCCGCCUCGUUGUUCUGAAGCCUGAGAAUGAUCAAGUGAGUUAUCUUGUGAAAGCAGAACCAAAGAUUGAACCUGAAGACUCCCUUGCAGAUCUAGAGGGGAUCACCGAUUUACUGCCGAUCCAGACAGGCUUCCGUGUUGACUUGACUUCUUUGAAUGACCUAGACAGCUAUAGAGAAGAUCGGUCAGCUCGUUUCCAGCAGAUAGAUAGAUACAACCAGAAAUGGUUGAGUGGACGGGAGGUGGACAGAUGGGAAAACGCGAGCGUCGCGAGUAACAAUAGCUCACAUUGCUCACAUUUUGACUUCAGCACAAAUUCAGAAGAGUUGUUUCAUCAGAUUGGAAUCCCGGAUACCUCUGCUUCUGACUUCAUCACUCUUUAGAAGCAUUGUUAUGUUAAAAGAAAACUUUCUUAAUAAUAAUUUAUAAUUCUCACCAUCUUUAUAAACCAAGACAAUCCAAUAGGAUCCUUAUCAUCAAGAACAAUCCCAAUCGCCCUAAAGAGUCCUAAUCACCCUGAAGAACCCUAAUUACCCUGAAGAAUCCUUAGCACCCUGAAGAACCUUAAUCACCCUGAAGAAUCGUUAUCACCCUAAUGAACUUCAAUCAACCUAAAGAAUCGCAAUCACCCUGAAUAAUCCUAAUCAUCUGAAAAAUUAAAAUCUCUCUAAGAAAUCACAUUCACCCUGAAGAAUCCUAAUCACCCUAAGAACCCCAAUCACCCUGAAUAAUUCUAAUCACCCGAAAGAAUCCUAAUCCCAAUAAAGAAUCCCAAUCACCCUAAGAAUCUUAUCAUCGAAACAAAAUGCCCAACACCCGGAAAAUCCUAAUACUCCUAACAACAAAUACUAUAUCGAUAUAGGAUUUUACAUAUCUAUGAUA